AUGAGCGUGGAGAAAAAGCCACGCGUACCAUAUAUGACGGUAGAGUCCCUUCGGGGACCCAACUAUGUAUUUCAAAAGGAAUUACCUGACGUGACCGACGUGCUCGCGCGACGCAGUUACAUGGACACGUUUAUCCGCCACAUGAUGCCGAUCACCAACAACCAGAUAAGGGACUAUCGGAUACAUAUGACAAUCUUGUAUCUUCGAACCCUCAUCAAGAAACGCCUCCGGUGGGUAGCAGAAGACUGGUUGAGCUGCAUGAUCGACCUGUAUACAUGGAGCGCCAUUUUUGACGCACAUCCGCUUAUGAAGGUGUGCCCAGAAUUCCCAUGGGAGCUCAUAAUCCAUGAUAGGUCAUCGGCUCCAUCGCGAAUGUACAAGGACUUCAGGGGAUUCCACUGUUUGGGCAAUGACCCGUGUCAAGACUUGAACGACAACGAGGUGAUCGACAGGGAGCUGGACUUGGCGUUGAGAGGUGACAUAGAUGAGCACCGAGACGAGCUCCUGAAGAAUUGGAAGUCUAAGUUCGAGGCUUUUGGUGAGGAUCCGGUUGAGCUCGCACGGCCCAGCUUGAACCUGGAAGCUCCUGUAUUCCGUCCUGACGAGACGCACUCCAUGCCUGCGCCAUCUGACAGCACGGCAUUGGUCCAAACUGACCCUGGAGCUGGAUACACGGGCCAACAAGGCGACAUAGGUGGGCAGGCAAUAGUUGACACGCAGCGCGGUCCGAACCCCGGCGCGCAGCAGAACAGCUGCCCAAGCAUCAACCUAGAGGUAAUUCAACCUGCUCUGGUCAACUUCUGGGAGGAAAUACGGGAGUAUGAGAGCUGGCAAUCGUCGGCAUCGGGAAUGGUCGUGUCCCCCUGGGAGAUCAAGCUUCCUCACGAGAGAGUCACGAGUAUGCUCCUCCCAAAUCACAAGACCAUAGAGACAGAGGGAGAGGAGGGAAUCAUGGUGCACGUCGUUAGGCGAGGCAUGGGCCGCCACACUUUGACGUUGGCCAUUGAAAUCUCCCAUUGCGCGAACACUCACUUCUCUCCUGCCCAAGAGGAGCUUGUCAGAGGUCUGUGGAAGUGUAUUCUGCGGUGGAUCAUCACUAUUGCGGAAGGCGCCAUGAUUAAGUGGGAAAAUUGGAGGUUUCUAUGGAAACAUAAACUCUACCACCCAAUGAAAGAAUGGGUGAACGGUAAAGAUACAUGGGAUGAAUUCUGCUACGCCAUGGAUACGAUCCACCGGGACGUCGCUCAGAGAGGCAGGGAGAACAACCUGUCCAUGCCCCAGGCGUUUCAGCAGUAUGAGGAUACUCUGGUCGCUGCAGGGCAUACGAUGGAGCAGAUAAACCGUCAACUGCAACAAGUCAUCUCAUCGUCGAUCCCGCCAAAUCAUAGAGAUUCGGAUGUACUGACACUGAUUGAAAAACUCCGUUCUGUUGGGAUAGACCUUUUCACUGGAGCCCCACUGGAGGCACAUGAUGAUUUCUUCAUGUUUGCCAUGUCCACCAUUUAUAUCCUUGCUCAAAUGAAUUUAGAGAGGGAGGGUGACAGGCCAAGGACGUUCCUAGUAGCCAGAAUGAUCUAUGCCGGAAUCCUCUCAUUUGCCGACUUGGGCAAGUAG